AUGGCAGAAAUGAUUACUUCUGUGGAUUAUGCAGCAGAUAGUAAUGUUUGGUUACAUGAUAAAUUGAAGGGUAAAUUUAAAGUUAAAUGGAUUUUCAUUAAAGAUAUUCCCAAUAGUCAAUUGAAGCAUAUUAACGUAGUUAACAAUGAGGAUAAACCCGUUACAAAUAGUCGAGAUACUCAAGAAUUAUUUAUUGAAGCUGGGCGUGAAAUGUUAAAAAUAUUUUCCAAUUAUCGCAGCCAAACAUCAAUAUUAGAUGAUUUCAAGUAUUAUGAAAAACGCCAAGUCGAAAUGGAAAAGGGUGAGAUUGUACAAACAGGUUCCGACGUAGCCUUUGAACGUUGGUCCGAUGUAGCGUCCCGACUUAGUCAAAAAUAUUCAAAUCAAUCAAUGAAUCAGUUGGAAACUUAG